AUGUGGGUCAGGACGACACUGACGAUUGAAAGAUGGACUAGGGAAAGACCUGGGCGCAAGACCAACAUCUGGAAUGAGAGCAGGAGCGGGGAUAUAAACAGGUUGCCCAGCUGGGGGAGAGGACAUCUGCUGGCUGGCGUGGCAUCCAGCACCGACACAUCUACUUUCUCCUCUGAAGGUGACUUCAAGGAGACUGACGGGUGCUGCUGGAAACACAAGCAGUGUGCUGGGCAUAUCACCCACCCCUUCAACUCUGACUAUACCCACCACAAGCUGCACCUGCAUGCUGUCAGCUACUGUGACUGUGACUCUAGGGUGAAGGAAUCCUCAGAAAAGGCAAACAGCAGCAGCUCCCGAGAUGUGGGCCCAACCUGUUCCUGGGACGUGAGCCCAGCCUGCUUCAAGAUCAUCCCGACUCCUUGCUAUGAGUUCAUCCCAGAGGACGAGUGUGUGGAACGGUUUUGGUAUGGCUGGUGCAAAAGCUACAACAGGCCUGUCUCGGUGGCAGUGAUCCACCAUCCCAUCCACCAUGAAUUUGUGGACGAUGACCUUAAUGAAGAAGAGGAAGAAAGCAAGCCUCCCAUCCCGACCCAAGUGGGGCCCAUCACCCAGCCCCCAGACAUAAGCACUGGCACGGCCACUGGCAGCCCUGACUCAGCAGUUCCCAUCACCAUCUGGCGUUCCGAGAGCCCCACAGGGAAAAGUCAGGGCAGCAAGGUGAUCAAGAAGGUAAAGAAAAAGGACAAAGAGAAAGAUGAGGACUCAUCAGACAAGGAGAAGGCUAAGCUGAAGAAAAAAGUCAAGAAGGGCAAAGUGACUAAGAAGAAAAGUCCGAUGAAAUCACCUUCACCUCCAGACGUGGGCCGAUCAGUAAGCCCGAGAGAGCUGGCCAGGAUGUCAGAGUCCAGCCCAGAGAGUCGAGAAGACCUGGAGAGUGAGGACAGCUACAAAGACCUCAGAGAAGAGGGACCCUCCAGUGAGGAUAUUGUGGAAUCUUUAUCACCCAGGAAGAAGAAGAACACGAGCCAAAACAAGAAGUCCAAGGGGAAGGCCCCCUCCAAAGGCAGGAAGGUAAACAAGAGGAAAUCUCCCUCAACAUCAAACCCCAAUCUCAGUUGA